UCACCCAGAAUCACGGUGGUAUCACGCAAGCAUCGUGGUUCAACAUUGAUUUCGGUACCAUGGUAUCCGACCGUUGUACUGCCUCAAAAUACAACCAAUGGAAAUGCUACCAGCGCUAUUUCCAGGCAGUGGUGAACUCCAGAGCUUUUACUUUCCAUUACUUUGACGUUUGAAUAGUAAGCCAUGACCAAAGAUAAAUUUUGUUUUCAAAACAAUUUGCUUCGCGUUCUGAACUUAUCACACAUCAUGGGUGAAAACAAACCCGGUAAAAAAAAUUGUAAAGUUUUAAGCGGCCGCGAAAUUUUUCGAGUGAUCGAUGUGUGGAGCGAAAAUGUAGCGGCUUUGCGAGGUACCUGCAAAAAUUCUCACAUUUAUGCAAAAAUGUGCGAAGAACUCCAGGUGUAUGACAUUCACUUGUCGCCAAACGAAUUGCGCACCAGAAUCCACAAUUUGUCCAGAAAAUACAGAUCUGAAAAGAACAAAAUGGGAACGUCUGGAGGAUCGCGAUCCACAUGGACCUAUUUCGAAACGAUCAAUGCUUUCUUGCAAUCUUACAAAUCAAAUAAUAUGGUCGACAUGAUGGACGAGAGUAUCACUCUUGAGUCGGAAACAGGGUCGAAAGAACCAGUAUGCAUGGGCGACCUGGAAUGCAAGGGCACGGAAGAAAGCGAGUUGUUUGACGAAUCGUCCGAAUACUGCGUGCUAUACACCCAAGUAUCCGAACCAGCAUCGCCACAGUCACCAUUACAGGAGUUUUCCAACAAAGAAUCAGCAUCAUCUCCAAAACCAUCCUCAUCUGCGGGACCGUAUGGACUACCAUCUGCUCCAUCAACAUCGGGAUCCUCCAAGAAAGCAUCUAAGCGAACAAAGUUCGUUCCAGCUAAAUCCGGUAGAAAAAACAUCCAAGAAAGGUUGUUAGAGAUGGCAGAGAAGGAGAACAAAAAUUUCGAAAUAUUCUUGAAAGAAUCUCAAGAGACUGAUCAGCAAAUAAUUGCACUGAUGAAGGAAAACAAUCAGCUCCUUGAGAAAAUGAUUGCCAAAAUGUGA